AACAUUCCACCUUACUACAGAAUCGUAACAUACAGUGUAGAAAGUAACCCCACAUGCGCUAAAGCCUUCUCCGUCAGCUGAAUUUCGCCGGUGUGGAACAACAGUUAUGAAACUAAAACGAAGUAAACGAAAAAAUGCCGAGCCGGCUGACUCUGAGAAGGUGGACACAGAAAUGUACGAUUCCAUGGGAACUGAAGGAGCCGAAAACACAGAGCGUGGUAAUUGGACAGGAAAGUUGGAUUUUAUAUUGUCCUUGAUAGGAUAUGCUGUUGGUUUGGGCAAUUUGUGGCGGUUUCCUGCACUGUGUUACCGGAAUGGCGGGGGUGCAUUUCUCAUCCCGUAUCUUACCGCCAUGUUGCUUUGUGGCAUGACAUUAUUUUUCAUGGAGGUAGCAUGGGGACAGUUUUGCAGUGAGGGACCAAUAACAGCCUGGAAACUGUGUCCUUUGUUUAAAGGUGCCGGCGCUGCCAUGGUUGUAAUAUCAUUUAUAACCACUAUUUACUAUAAUGUUAUUAUCUGCUACACGGUGUACUAUCUUUUUUCUUCAUUCACGUCCACCGUGCCUUGGGCAGGAUGUGACAACUGGUGGAAUACCGAUGCUUGCUCUACGCUCGGCAGCACUAUCAACGAUACGAUAAACAAUAUAACACGGGUUAGUCCUGCCCAGGAAUUCUGGUCGAACAACGUUCUUAAUAUCAGCGAUGGGAUCGACAAUUUGGGCAAUAUACAAUGGAAACUAGCACUAUGUUUGUUGUUUUCGUGGAUUGUAGUAUUCUUGUGUCUUAUGAAAGGAGUGAAGUCUUCUGGACGGGUGGUAUAUUUCACGGCAACGUUCCCGUAUGUAGUGAUUACCAUUUUGCUGAUUCGUGGAGUCACCCUACCAGGUUCAUUGAAUGGAUUAAAGUUUUUCCUGAUUCCAAAAUGGGAGGCGUUAUUAAUACCAAAGGUAUGGGGAGAUGCGUUUUCCCAAAUUUUCUACUCACUGGGACCAGCUUGGGGAGGCUUACUCACUAUGGCAAGUUACAAUCGAUUCCACCAUAACUGUUUCCGGGAUGCCCUCAUUGUACCGCUUGUGAAUUCUGGUACUAGUAUCUAUGGAGGAUUGGCGAUAUUUUCAAUCGUUGGUUUUAUGUCACAUGAGUUGGAUCAACCAAUUGACUCGGUCGUUACAUCAGGUCCCGGUUUGGCGUUUGUAGCAUACCCAGAGGCCUUGGCUCGUAUACCGCUAGCUCCGUUAUGGUCAAUUCUUUUCUUCUUUAUGUUGUUUACGUUAGGACUUGACAGCCAGUUCGGUAUGGUAGAAGGUGUGUGCAGCGCCCUCACCGAUAUGUUCCCCGGUUUGCUCAGAAAAAGAAAGACUAUCUUCAUGUUAUGUCUCAGUAUCGGAUGUUUUCUUUUAGGAUUACCACUUGUCACUAAGGGAGGUAUAUAUCUACUUACAAUCAUGGAUUGGUACACCGGAGUAAUCUCUCUUUUUGUCGUAUCGCUCGUAGAAUGCCUGGUGAUUGGCUGGAUAUACGGUGGCAGUCAGUUCUAUGAUGACAUUGCUAUGAUGUUAGGAUCACGACCUAAUCUGUGGUGGAGAUUGUGUUGGCAAGGUAUCACUCCGCUCUCCAUAUGUUUUAUCAUCAUAAUGACCUAUAUUGACUACGUACCUGUGUACUAUAAUGAUUACGUAUACCCACCAGCGGGUGAAGUGAUUGGAUGGCUGUGUGCAUCUGCAUCGUUGAUAAUGAUACCCUUAUUCAUGGUUAUCGAAUACUAUGUUAAUGGAACAGGGGACGGAUUUAUCGAGCGUUUGGCGUCACGUCUGAAACCCACAGAGGACUGGGGUCCUUCGCUAGCUGUAUAUCGCACCGGCAAAUACGCUCCAGAGAAAGAGAUACUGGAAAAUGGUCACGUGAUUUCAACUGUAUCUGAAAUUUGUGACAUCAAGUAUUCUCCGAACGGUUAUUACAACCCAAUUUCACUUGAGACGUGUGUAUGAAUGUUGAAUUGUACUAAUUUGCAUAUAUAUUUGUACGUCAGGACAUUUUGAACCAGCGCCCUAAUACCAUCAUUGAUUAUUUGUCUAUCUAAUUGAAUAUUCAUUCUGGUCAUUCAAUACCGACGUUGUUAUAUAUCAGUAUAUCGUGUAUUUGGCUUCAUAUAUGUUUAAAGUUCUAAUUAAUUAUCGCUGCCAUUUGAUUCGUUCUUUUUAACGUAAUAACAAGUUCAAACUUUUAUCCAGUAGAGAAACAUUACACAACACAACACUACACUACACUACACUUUACUACACUGCACUACACUGCACUACACUGCACUACACUACACUACACUACACUACACUACACUACACUACACUACACUACACUACACUACACUACACUACACUACACUACACUGAAAGUUUGUAACCUUCGAAAGGUUUAAGUACACAGUUUAAUCAACUUGUCAGAUUGAAGGUGGCGUUUCGAUGCCAUGAAUGUUGUAGCAACUGUGGUAACAUAUUAACAAUAAAGGAAACAAUUAAGUAGUACAAAUGAAAUUAAAUUCUAGUUUCGAAUAUUAUCAUCAUACGUA